AUGGGCGAGGAGAAUGCCCAAUGGAAGGCGGCCUCAGAUGCGUCAGUCCAGGCCAUGGCAGCGCCGCAGAAGCCGAGGAAGAACAAGUAUGCCUUCGCCUGCGCCUUGCUGGCUUCCAUGACAUCUAUUCUUCUAGGCUACGGUAAUCCCUGCUCCCUUCAGUCUGAUCUCGUCGAGAAUGAAACUCCCCAGAAAGGGCUCCUGUUUCUGUUUUCAUGUCGCUAAUAGGUCCCACGUCCCCUUCCCUCCAGACAUCGGGGUCAUGAGCGGAGCCGUGAUCUUCAUCAAAGAUGACCUAAAAAUCAGCGAUACCCAGAUCGAAGUCCUCGUCGGCAUCCUCAAUCUCUACUCUCUGGUCGGCUCGGCAGUCGCCGGGAAGACCUCCGACUGGAUCGGAAGGCGGCUCACGAUCGUGUUCGCGGCCGUGAUCUUCUUCGUCGGGGCCCUGUUGAUGGGCUUCGCCACCAACUACGCCUUCCUGAUGGUUGGGAGGUUCGUGGCCGGCAUCGGGGUCGGCUAUGCACUCAUGAUUGCGCCGGUGUACACCGCCGAGGUAUCGCCGGCCUCCAGCAGGGGCUUCCUCACGUCCUUCACAGAGUUCUUCAUCAACGCUGGCAUCUUGCUUGGCUACGUCUCAAACUACGCCUUCUCCGGCCUCCCGGAGAACAUCAACUGGAGGCUUAUGCUCGGUGUCGGCGCAAUACCGUCGGUGUUCCUCGCCGUCGGCGUCUUGGCGAUGCCCGAGUCACCUCGGUGGCUGGUCAUGCAGGGCCGUCUUGGCGACGCCAGGCGAGUUCUCAUCAAGGUAUCCGAGUCUAACGAAGAAGCCGAGUCGCGGCUCGCGGAUAUCAAGGCGGCAGCGGGAAUUCCGCAGUCCUGCACCGAGGACGUAGUCCCCGUCCCUAAGAAAACCCCCGGCGAUGGCGUCUGGAAGCAAUUGUUGAUCACUCCGACCCCAACUGUUCGCCGGAUUCUGAUCGCCGGUCUCGCGAUACACUUCUUCCAGCAGUCCUCCGGGAUCGAUUCGGUGGUUCUUUACAGUCCCCGGGUUUUCAGCAAGGCCGGUAUCAAGAAGAAGUCAAGCCUGCUUGGCGCAACUGUCGCAGUCGGUUUCACGAAGACCGCAUUCAUUCUGGUGGCGACCUUCUUCCUGGAUCGUGUGGGCAGAAGGCCCCUGCUCCUGUCCAGCACUGUCGGCAUGAUCGCGUCUCUGCUUAUGCUAGGAUUCGGGCUGACGGUUGUCGAUCGCCACCCGGACAUGAAGCUCGAAUGGGCCAUCGCCAUCUGCAUCGCUAGCAUCCUGGCCUACGUCUCUUUCUUCUCCAUAGGCCUCGGCCCCAUUACAUGGGUCUACAGCUCGGAGAUCUUCCCACUUCGGCUGCGUGCGCAGGGCGUCAGCAUGGCCGUGGCCUUGAACCGGAUCACGAGCGGCGUACUCACCAUGACUUUCAUCUCUCUCUACAAGGCCAUAACCAUCGGCGGGGCCUUCUUCCUCUACGCCGGAAUCGCCACCGUGGCCUGGAUCUUCUUCUACACUUUCCUCCCUGAGACGCGCGGUAAGGCCCUGGAAGAGGUCGAAACUCUCUUCAUCAAGAGCAAGGACAAGAACGCGACGGAGGGCCAUAAGGAGGAGUCGGCAGGUCAGGCCCAGAUCCAGCUGGCAGCGGGAAACGGCGCAGCGUAA